AAUGUUUUGGUCAAGUCCACGUUUGCAGUGUAUCCUUUCUUUUGCCCGGCAGUUUGUGUUAGUCUAGGGAGAGCCAAGCUUAAGGUAUAUCACUAUAUGUUUGCCCAGCCUAAGUAAGGGUAGCCACGUUUGGCUAGCUAUCAAUCCUUGGCACAGGAUCUCAAAUUUUCGUUCUUCGGUCACCAUACGAGAUAACACCAUGCGCCCGGCUGAUUACCCAACUAGAUGUUUUGCUGAUAUGGACCCUCUGCAAGGUGUAACAAAACUGACUUAACACCGGUAUCUUCGUUUCUGAAAGUCGUUUGGCUGGAUAUCACCUGCGUUAGACACAUUACUUGAUCGGCGGCAGUUCAUUGCGAUGGAAACAUCAGGACUCCACACCAAAUUCGGCUGCAAAUGUCAGAACUGCUACAGCUACACCAGUCCGGACAGCAAUGAAACGACGGACUGUGCUAAGUGUGGAUGUUCUCCCAUUGACCACACCAUCAUGAGGAUCAGCCCUAUUGAGGUGGAUAACGAUGACGUCUCUGAGCCCACGUGUGAUUCAGGGAUGCCAACUGCAUCCUCUGAGGCUGUAUCAGGCAUAACAUCAUUCCCACUGUUGGGUACAACGGCAUGGUCAUCAUCCGACUUUGGAAGUCUAUUUGACACCAAGAAACGAGCCUUGGAUGAUGUCAGUGGCGGACCUGCAAACAAAAAGCCUAAGGGUACAACGACUGGACAAAAAGCAGGCACGGAUUCUCUUGGGAUUGAGGGGCUGCUGAAGCUGAAGCCCUGCAAGGUCCUACAGAAGGGCCAGAUCCCCUUCACCGAGCUGGACCAUAUCCCAAAUUAUGUCCGAGGAGUGUACAAGAUCGCCUAUAACUGGCAGACGAUCUACGUGGGCUCAAGUUCCUGCAAAGUCAAACAAACACUGAAGAGUCAUUUCAGCGGCCACGGUCGAUCCGAUUUGUUCGAGUUUAUCAAAAGUCUGAGCCAGAAGGACCUGGAGAAGGUGACAGUGUAUUACCUGGACGAAACAAUGUACGACCAUAAUUGCUCAAAGAAAAGUUAUAUGAAGUGUAUUGAAGACUUGCAAGGGACCAAACCCAAAUUCAAUGGACCACUUCCCAAAAAAAACACUUCUAAAUGGUGGUGCAAUAUCCAAUAAGAAUAACACAAUCAGUUCUUUUAUAGAAAUACUCAAUGCCCGACAUCAAAAUGCUUGGGUCCACGAGCGAGAAAUUGGCAUACCAUGCUCCUCCUGCUACCGUAAUUAGUUCUAAGGUACCGAUCAUGUUGAUAUUUGACAUUAACAACAUAUUGUUGCAAGAUCCAUUUCAAAAAGUUUUUAGGUUCGUAGUUAUAAAAAAAAUGUUAAAGUAGCUGCAGCUGAAAAAAUAUCCAUAAUAACCCCCAUACCCCUCUUCCCUCCCUUUCUCCACCACACACAGACACACACACACACACACACAAAAUAUCAAAUGGUUGGUCCCUAAUACUCAAAUGACCUCACAGCUAUCACUUUCAUUAGCAUAGUGUUUGCGAUUUUGUUUUGAGUUUGAAUUAAAACUGAAAUAUAUGCUGUCGCACCAUUCCAAAUAAAAAGACUAUUCUUCUUGGGGU